AUGGGUCGUCAAGUCGUCUCCGGCAGCUGUCACCUGGCGGAGCAGAAAAACAGCGACUUUGCGGCUCUCCGGUGGCUGUCACCCGACGGAGAGGAGCUGGAUGGAGGUGGGGCGCGUGUCAGGGAGCUUCAUCCUCAGGACCGCACAGCAAGAGGAGGCUCUUCAUCGCAUCUGGUACGCUCUCAGGAGGUGGUGACUCGUCUCCUGGCGGAUCGUCCUCUUCCCGACGACGGCUUGUUCGUCAAUCAAUCGGAGAUGAUUUACUCGAUGGAUUCGCGAUCCUUUUAUCGCGAAUUGUUCAGCAAUUUUAGUAGCAAUGCUCCGCGAAUCGCAUUGACGAGAUUUUCGCCGAUGAUCCAGCGAUUCUCGUUGCUUAAUCCUUCACCGGCGAUCUGCAGGAAAGUCGCGAUAAUUAGAUAAAAAUAUAUGAAUUUUGACUCUAGAAGAAUUUGAACCCGUGCCGGUUGUCUGCCCCUUCUGAGGAAGGUGUGACGUCGGUUUAGUCCCACAUCGGUUGUGCAUCGAUUUUUCGGGCGAAUAUAUAGUAAUGUUACAUUUCCAAGCAAAGUUCCUUCUCUCACGUGUAUGACCACUCCUUGCCCCACAGCCGGCUGGCCACCAGUGACGUGGAAGGGGAGUGGCACACACGUGUCCCUAUCGGUCCAAGCCACUCGAGCCCUUGCUUGCAGCUACUCCCCGACUAAGCUUCCGACCCACUUGCAGGCUCGGCUGGCCGGCGGGUCCCCCUCAUUUUGUAUUAUUUUUAUUUUUUAUUUCUUUUUCUUUAUUUAUCUCAAAAGCAAGACUGUAAAAAUCAUAUAAAUUCAUGUAAAAUCACAUAAUUACCUAAAAAUUCACAUUACUCAACUGAAAACCACUUUUCACACUUUAACACAAAUAUAAGUCUAUUUAUCAUGAGUUAAGGCUAAAACUAUAUUAUUUACUAAUUAUUAACUCAUGAUAAUGAAGACUUAUCAAAGGGCGACCGGAAGUCUACUACAAGUUAAUGCACAUAUGUCGGAGGUAACCUCGUCACCUGGUGGUCUUGGAAAUAAAGGGUGAUAUCCUAAUCUAAUGCGGAGUCUGGGUAUCUAGCCACAACUGAGAUUGCACGAUAGAUAGUAUGGUUUCGAUCACUUCUUAAAGAACUCAACAUCUCUUUUUCUUCUCCAAUGCCCAUGCAUUGUGAGAAUCAAGCCGCUAUCUUUAUUUUCGAUAAUCACACUAGCGUAUGAAGCAUAUUGAAAUCAACUAUCACUACAUUCGAGAUAAAGUUAUGUCUAAUCUCAUCUCUACUCCUCAUGUAGUCUCAUCUCAUCAGCUUGUAGAUGUCUUCAUGAAAAGUCUGACUAAGAUCUCCUAUGAUGCCACAUGUAUCAAGCUGGACAUGUUUGACUUAUAUGCUCUAACUUGAGGGGGAGUGUUCAAUAAUGUCAUCAGACUCUCGACCUAUUAGCACCUAUUAUAUCUCCUCCUCUUCUCUUCCUCUAUAUAGACACAUGUGACCUCUUCUCCUCCUCAACUAAAUAGUCAAUACUAUCGCCAUAGUCCCUCCCACUCUCGCGAUAUCUGCCGUCGUAGUAUCUUGUAGUAUCUCUUAGUGUCUCACAAUAUCUCACGGUAUUGUCUCUUACUACACUACCUCCCACCACACUCUCUUCUUACCAUGCACCAUCUCUUGUUGCAUGCCACCCUUUGCUGCAUGUUCUUGUGCUUACAUUGGUUUCUUGUCAUUAUUAUGGACCAAGAUAAUGCAUCUUCUCCGCUUUAAGGACUUCGACCCAUAGCUCCAGUUCUAAUCAAAGUGCCUCCAACAUUAGCACUCCUUCCCUCGUGGCACUCUAUCACGCUAACUGACUCGGGUAGCAUACAUUUUCAUCAGUCUCAAUUAUGUGCCAUGUGCAUCGGGUUUUGAGUACUUUCUUAUGUCCCACAACCUACUUCACCAUCUGACAAAUAAUCUGUCGACCAUUGUUGACCCAACUUAUGCUUCUUGGUCCCAAAUUGACACUACCGUAGUCAUGUGGAUGCUUCAAAAUAUUGAGUAGAUUGUCACCGAACCCCUUGCUCAUAUCAAGCUCGUCAUGCAACUUUGGCUCAUGAUAGAAACCAUGUAUGCCAACAAGACAAAUAUCAAUUGUACUAUGUAAUUAUUCGAGUCUCUUCUCACGUGUAAACAACAUGAUCUCUUAGUCUAGACACACUUUGAACAACUACAUGCAAUCAUCUAAAAGUUAUCUCUUUAUCAGCCUCUAACUACUGACCUUCGGAUCCUUGAGCGAUAUCACUAAGACUUCUAUACUGGUGUAUAUCUUAGUGGUCUACAUCUAGACAUUGUCUCACAGAUUCAUAACUAAAUUCUCUCGAGUGAUUGUGUGUUACACUCUCUAUCAAUUUUUCUACAACACUUUGUAUGAGCACGAGCACUCUUACUACUCAAUCGAGCACCACUCAAUCAAUUGCCAUGUCGACCUCAUCAAUUAUGGCUGCAUCUACUCCUCAUAGUUGGGAUUGUGGUCGUAGCCUAUAGCUUUACAAGGGUCGUCCUCUCAAAGGCAAAGGCUGCAAUGUCUUUCCACUUUGUCUUUAGUGUGGUAAGUCAAGCCACCUCCAUCAAACAAGUGUUGGAAGGAGUUUGGCAAGCUUAAGUGGGUUCAAGUUGUUAUAUCUGGCAGUCAUUUAGAUUCUCCUCAUCUAUAGUUCACUCCGUGACUUCUCCUACUAUUCAGAUAACUUUCACGCUAGUAAAAUAUGAAGCCUAGAAGUAUUUUACAAUUGCUCCCUCUUAUACACUUUCCUCUACCAACCUUGCAUCUAUGUCGGGACCCUCCAUGCCAAGUACAUGUCUUAUUUGCCUUCUCAUCGCCUUGGAUUCUUGACUCAAGGACUUCUACCUAUAUGACUAGUACACCCUUCAUACUUUCCUCACUUCAUCACACCAUAGCCCACCUAUCAGUGACCAUUCCGAUGGUCAGACUUGUUUGAUUAAAGGGGCAUAUCACCACCAUUGUGACCUCUACUCUACUAUUGACCUAAGUCCUCUACAUUCAUAGUUUUAUUAUAAAUUUUUUAUCUAUCAAUGCCAUCACUCGUGUCCUACUUUACACCAUUACAUUUUUUUCUUUCCACUAUCUUUCAGGAUUUGCAUAUCGCACGAAAAAUUAGUUUGGGACAUGAAAAGGGUCAAAAUAUUUAUGAACUCAUCUCAAAGGCACCUUCCUCUAGCAUUUGAGUACUUUUGUUACUUCUACUACUACUUCUCUUUUGUGGCAUCACCAUUUAGGUCAUCCUUAUUUUUCAAAACUUCAAAAAAUCUUAUCAUGAUUGUCUCUUAAUGAAUUUAUGUGUGAGUCAUGUCAACUAGACAAACAUCAUCAUUACUCUAAUUUUAUCAUGAUAGUAUUCUAUCAUUGACUCUAUUCAAUUUUGUUCAUUACAAUAUUUGGGGACCCUCUCGAGUUGCCUCUAUCACUGAACAUCUAUAUUACAUCAUUUUCGUUGAUGAUUAUACUCAUGUGAAUUAAGUUUCUUUCCUUCAUGAUCAGUCUCAAGUUCUCCCUAUUGUUAUGUAAUUUAUCAUUGAAAUAAUUACCUAAUAUUCUACCACACCCAAGGUUCUUCGCAUGGACAAUGCACUUGAACUUGUUCAACAUGUCAUUCGCACCUUUUGUACUGAUUAUGAUAUUAUUCAUCAAACCACCUACCCAUACAUUUUCCAACAUAAUAGAGUUGUCGAAUAUAAACACUAUCACUUGACAUUACUUGCACAUUACUCAUUGAGAUGUAUGUUUCACAUUACUUGUGGUCUAGCAUACUCCUAAUUGUCAUUUAUCUUCAAAAUCAUCUUCCUUCUACUCCAUUAGGUGAUGUCAUUCUUCUCCAAUGUCUCACACCUGAUGCUUCUCUUUUUUCUUUAUCUCCUUGAAUUUUUUAUUGCACCACUUUCCUUCAUGAUCAUUGGCCAUCCUUUUCUAAACUCACUCCUCGUGCUCUGAAAUGUGUCUUCAUAGAUUAUUUGUGCACUCAAAAAGGUUAUCAAGUAUACUUUCCUGACACCCGUUGCUAUGUGACCUUUGCUGAUAUUACUUUUCUUAAGGAUUUCUCUUUUUUUGUUCCAUCUCUUUCAUCUUCGCAUUCAUUCACAUCUCCACCCCUUGGGCUUCUACCCAUUAUCAUUCUUACGGAUCCUACUGACGUGACUUAGUUGUUGUAUAUUAAAUCACACAAAUCUAAAAUUUAUAAAACUAGAAAAUACGAUUUUUCAGAUAUUUAGAAGUAUUUCUGAACAAAUAUAUCAAUUAUAAUUCAAUAAAAAUUCCAAAAAAUAGUAGUGAUUUUUCAGAUUGAUCACAAGGGUGUAAUAUAAUAUCUGGUAAUUAUUCAAAAUUUUCCUCAAAGAAUACUAUUUUCUAUGAAUUUUAUACUAAGAAAUGAAAAGGAAAUAUAUUUUAAAUUCACGAAAAAAAAGGAAAUAAGGGUGCGGACAUCAGGAUGAUGUCAGUGCCCGGCGAACGCGAAUCGGGCGAAAACAGAGUUCUGCCCGGUGAUUCUUACGUAAGCGAUUACAAACGAUUUAAUUGAUCAAAUUAAGAUUUGUAAAAGUCGGAAGAAUCGUAAGUGAACGAAGUAUAUUUUGGUAAAUUCAAAUCACAGAAAUUAUCACUAAAUGAAGCGUAAAGUAAGUUGAAAGCAGGAAAAUAGAGUUUCGGCGUCACGACAGCAAUGCGUCGGCGAUGCACCGGAAUCCUGAGCAUUCGGGAGGCUCGUCGUGCAGUGUCCACAGCCUCAAAGGCUCUCCUUGGACAAAGAUGACGUGGGCAAUCUCUAGAUCUCCUUGCGAAGUCUAGAGAUUAAUGAAAUGGGUUGUCGAAUCAUCUCCGGUGGCUGUUGAUAAGUCUUCAUUAUCAUGGGUUAAUAAUUAGUAAAUAAUAUAGUUUUAGCCUUAACUCAUGAUAAAUAGACUUAUAUUUGUGUUAAAGUGUGAAAAGUGGUUUUCAGUUAUUAAUUCUAAUUUUUAGGUAAUUAUGUGAUUUUACAUGAAUUUAUAUGAUUUUUACAGUCUUGCUUUUGAGAUAAAUGAAGAAAAAUAAAUAAAAAUAAGACAAAAUGAGGGGGGACCCGCCGGCCAGCCAGGCCCGCAAGCGGGUCGGAAGCUCAGUCGGGGAGUAGCCGCGAGCAGGGGCUCGAGCGGCUUGGACCGAUAGGGGCACGUGUGCGCCACUCCCCUUCCACAUCACCGGUGGCCAGCCGGUUGUGGGGCAAGGAGUGGCCGUACACGUGAGAGAAGGAACUUUGCUUAGAAACGUAACAUUACUAUAUAUUUGCCCUAAAAAUCAGCGCACAACCGAUGUGGGACUAAACCCGCGUCACACUUUCCUCAGAAGGGGCGGACAACCAGCGCGGGUUCGAAUCCUCUUAGAGUCAAAAGUCAUAUAUUUUUAUCAAAUUAUCGCGACUUUCCUGCAGAUCGCCGGUGAAGGAUUAAGCAACGAGAGUGCUGGAUCAUCGGCGAAAAUCUCGUCAACGCGAUUCGCGGAGCAUUGCUACUAAAAUUGCUGAACAAUUUGCGAUAAAAGGAUCGCGAAUCCAUCGAGUAAAUCAUCUUCGAUUGAUCGACGAACAAGCCGCCGUCGGGAAGAGGACGAUCUGCCAGGAGACGAGUCGCCACCUCCUGAGAGCGUAUCAGAUGUGAUGAAGAGCCUCCUCUUGUUGUGCGGACCUGAGGAUGAAGCUCCCUGACAUGCACCCCACCUCCAUCCAGCUCCUCUCCGUCGGAUGACAACCGCUGGAGAGCCGCAAAGUCGCCGUUUUUCUGCUCCGCCGGGUGACAGCCGCCGGAGACGACUCGACGACCCAUUUUAUUAAUCUCUAGACUUCGCGAAAAGAUCUAGAAAUUGCCCACGUCGUCUUUGUCCAAGGAGAGCCUUCGAGGCCAUGGACACUGCACGACGAUCCUCUCGAACGCUCAGGAUUCCGGUGCAUCGCCGUCGCGACGCCGGAACUCUGUUUUCCUGCUUUCAACUUAAUUUACGCUUCAUUUAGUGAUAAUUUUUGUGAUUUUAAUUUACCAAAAUAUGCUUUGUUCUAUUACGAUUCUUCCGGCUUUUACAGAUCUUAAUUUGAUUAAUUAAAUCGUCUGUAAUCGCUUACAUAAGAAUCGCCGGGCGAAACUCUAUUUCUGCCCGAUUUGCGUUCGCCGGGCACUGACGUCAUCCUGACGUCCGCACCCUUAUUUCCUUUUUUCAUGAAUUUUAAAUAUAUUUCCUUUUCAUUUCCUAGUAUGAAAUUCAUAGAAAAUCGUAUACAUUGAGAAAAAUUCUGAAUAAUUACCAGAUAUUAUAUUACAUCCAUGUGAUCGACCUGGAAAAUUACCACUAUUUUUGAAAGUUUUAUGAAAUUAUAAUUGAUAUAUUUAUUCAGAAAUACUUCUAAAUAUCUGAAAAUUCAUAUUUUCUAGUUUUAUAAAUUUUAUAUUUGCGCGAUUUAAUAUACAACGACUGAGUCACGUCAGCUGUCACCCGGCGGAGCGGAAAAAUGGUGACUUUGCGGCUCUCUGGCGGUUGUCACCUGAUGGAGAGGAGCUGGAUGGAGGUGGGGCACGUGUCAAGGAGCUUCAUCCUCAGGUCCGCGCAGCAAGAGGAGGCUCUUCAUCACAUCUGGUACGCUCUCAAGAGGUGACGACUCGUCUCCCGGCGGAUCGUCCUCUUCCCGACGACAGCUUGUUCAUCGAUCAAUUGGAGAUGAUUUACCCGAUGGAUUCGUGAUCCUUUUAUUGUGAAUCGUUCAGCAAUUUUAGUAGCAAUGCUCCGCGAAUCGCGUUGACGAGAUUUUCGCCGAUGAUCUAGCGAUUCUCGUUGCUUAAUCCUUCAUCGGCGAUCUGCAGGAAAGUCGUGAUAAUCAGAUAAAAAUAUAUGACUUUUGACUCUGGGAGGAUUCGAACCCGCGCCGGUUGUCCGCCCCUUCUGAGGAAGUGUGAUGCGGGUUUAGUCCCACAUCAGUUGUGCGCCAAUGUUUCGGGCGAAUAUAUAGUAAUGUUAUAUUUUUAAGCAAAGUUCCUUCUCUCACGUGUACAACCACUCAUUGCCCCACAGUCGGCUGGCCACCGGUGACGUGGAAGGGGAGUGGCGCACACGUGCCCCUAUUGGUCCAAGCCGCCUGAGCCCCUACUCGCGGCUACUCCCCGACUGAGCUUCCGAUCCGCUUGCGGGCCUGGCUGGCCGGCGGGUCCCCUCUCAUUUUGUCUUAUUUUUAUUUAUUUUUCUUCAUUUAUCUCAAAAGCAAGACUGUAAAAAUCAUAUAAAUUCAUGUAAAAUCACAUAAUUACCUAAAAAUUCACAUUAAUCAACUGAAACCACUUUUCACACUUUAACACAAAUAUAAGUCUAUUUAUCAUGAGUUAAGGCUAAAACUAUAUUAUUUACUAAUUAUUAACUCAUGAUAAUGAAGACUUAUCACCUGCUCCUUCUAUUCUUUCUUUAUCUCUCCCUUGUUCGUCGGCACUUUCACAGCCCACAUCCUCUACCGAUGUAUCCACUCCAAGUGCAGCUCUAUCUUCACCCACCUCGCCUGACACCACUACUCCACUAGAUGAUUUUCUUGCAUUGUCUAUAGGUGAUCUUCAUCUUCCCAUUAUGUUGUGUAAAAGUACAUGCUGUUACAUUCAACAUCUUAUAUUCCACUUUAUUUCUUAUGAUCACCUUCAUCCUACCUUUCGUACCUUUAUCCUCUCUAUGGCCUCUAAGUUAAUUCCACAAUCACAUAUUGAAGCAUUUCAGGCCUCUACUUGGAAAGCAACUACAGAUUUGGAGAUUGGAGCAUUGAUUUCUCAGGGCAUGUGGAAGUUUGUCUCUCAUCCAACUAAUGCCAACAUUUUGACAUGUAUGUGGGUGUUCACACUAAAGUACAAUUUAGAUGGCUCCAUUGUUGAUCACAAAGCUCACUUGGUUACAUGUGGCUCACUCAAGUUUAUUACAUUGAUUACACUGAGACAUUCUUCUUCCUUGAUGAUGCAUCGUGAUUGAUUACUUCACUAGUUGAACAUGUCUAAUAUUUUUCUCUAUGGUGACUUGGAUAAGCAAGUUUUCAUAGAGCAACCUCUAGGAAAUGUUGUUCAAGAAGAGGCUUCCUAAGUUUGUUUGCUUCAGCAUCAUAUCUACAUACUCAAGUAGAAUUUUUGAGCUUAAUUUGUGAAAUUUAAUAGCCUUCUUACUACUUUUGACUUCACUCUAUGUAUUGCUGACCCUACUGUCCUAAUGAAGACCACUCUUAGACGUAUGGUUAUUCUAGCCAUAUAUGUUGAUGACAUUCUUGUGAUAGAGAGUGAUAAGGUAGGCAUCUUUGCCACCAAAGCCUAUGACAUGACUUAAUCAAUGUAUAGUAAAUCACACAAAUUUAAAAUUUAUAAAAUUAGAAAAUACUAAUUUUCAGAUAUUUAAAAGUAUUUUUAAACAAAUAUAUCAAUUAUAAUUCAAUAAAACUUUCAAAAAUAGUGGUAAUUUUCCAAGUCGAUUAGAGGGAUGUAAUAUAAUAUCAGGAAAUUUUUUAGAAUUCUUUUUAAAGAAUACGAUUUUUUAUGAAUUUUAUACUAAAAAAUAAAAAUAAAAAUAAAAUAUAUUUAAAAUUCGUAAAAAAGAGAAAUAAGGGUGUGGACGUCAGAAUGACAUCAGUGCCCGACGAAUGCGAAUCAGACGAAAACAAAAGUUCCGCUCAGUAAUUCUUACGUAAGUGAUUACAGAUGAUUUAAUUGAUCAAAUUAAGAUUUGUAAAAGCCAGAAGAAUCGUAAUUAAAUGAAGUAUAACUUGGUAAAUUUAAAUCACACAAAUUAUCACUAAAUGAAGCAAAAAUUAAGUUGAAAGUAAGAACACAGAGUUCCGACAUUGUGGUGAAAAUGUGUCGACGAUGCACCAAAAUCUUGAGCAUUUGGAAAUAAUAGUAAUAUCACAUUUGCAAGCAAUGAGUCCCCUUCUCCUACAUGUAUGACCACUCCUUGUCCCACAAUCAACUGGCCACCGGUGACAUGAAAAGGGAGUGGUACACACAUGCCCCCAUCCUUUUUAGCCACUCAAGCCCUUGCUUGCAGCUCCCCCUGACUACGCUUCCGACUCGCUUGUAGGUUUGGCUAGCUGACAAGUCUCCUUCUUUUGCUAUAUUUUUAUUUAAUUUCUUUUUCUUCAUUUAUCUCAAAAAUAGAAUUAUAAAAAUUAUAUAAAUUCAUAAAAAAUUACAUAAUUAGCCAAAAAUUCAUGUUAAUCAAUUGAAAACUACUUUUCACACUUUAACAUAAAUAUAAGUCUAUUUAUUAUGAGUUAAGACUAAAAAUAUAUUAUUUGUUAAUUAUUAACUCAUGAUAAUGAAGACUUAUUGACGUGACUUAGUCGUUGUAUAUUAAAUCACGUAAAUCUAAAAUUUAUAAAACUAGAAAAUAUGAUUUUUCAGAUAUUUAGAAGUAUUUCUGAAUAAAUAUAUCAAUUAUAAUUCAAUAGAACUUCAAAAAUAGCGAUAAUUUUCCAGGUCGAUCACAGAAAUGUAAUAUAAUAUCUAGUAAUUAUUCAAAAUUUUCCUCCAAGAAUACUAUUUUCUAUGAAUUGUAUACUAGGAAAUGAAAAUAAAAUAUAUUUAAAAUUUAUGAAAAAGGGAAAUAAAGGUGUAGACAUCAAGAUGACGUCGCGCCCGACAAACGCGAAUCGGGUGGAAACAGAGUUCCACCUAGCAAUUCUUAUGUAAGCGAUUACAAACGAUUUAAUUGAUCAAAUUAAGAACUGUAAAAGUCGGAAGAAUCGUAAUGGAAUAAAGUAUAUCUUGGUAAAUUUAAAAUCAACAAACUAUCACUAAAUGAAGCAAAAAUUAAGUUGAAAAUAGAAAAAUAGAGUUUCGGCGUCGCGGCGGCGAUGCGUCGGCGAUGCACCAGAAUUCUGAGCGUUUGGGAGGAUCGUUGUGCGGUGUCCACAGCCUCAAAGGCUCUGUUUGGACAAAGACAAUGUGGACAAUCUCUAGAUCUCCUUGCGAAGUCUAG